AUGGGCUUCGCUGUCUACACGACGCGGACGAAAGCGCUCCUGCGAGUCAUGGCGUCGGGGACCAUCACCUGCUCGGUCGAGGAGCUCCGGCAGGUGCUUCGUCCAGCUACCAGUAAGUCGUACACCUCAAUGAUGCGUGAACUCUUUGGUGAAGACUUCGUCUACGGGGCUCUCGUGCAUCGCGUUCCAAGCGCCGAUCGAAGCCCCAAAGUGGAGGACAUCACAGUAAAGACAGCUCUGUUCUCCAAGCGCAACGCGCUCUCACGGAACGAGCAAUGGUGCUUCGUAGACUGCACUCAGAGCCUCAACGAAAACCACGGCAAGGGCUUCUGCGUGACGAUAUCUUCGCUGGACUCUGAGGAACUCUUCGCCGGCAAGACUCACGCACAGGAUCUGCGCCAUAUUCACGGAGUCCAAGCAGGUUACUCAGUGGUUCCGACUGCUGUGGCGAAAGAGGUUCGAGUGAGCUUCUACGCCCAAUUCCUCAGCGAUGGAAUUAAACGGGGAGCCUCGGCUCGAGCCCAGAUGAAGCGCCUUACCAGGGUGGCCCAUUCUACUGCUCGCUUGACAAUACUGGUAAGGCGUCGACGUCUUGGGGUCCAGAAGAUGACGAGCCAAGUUUCGUAUACGCCGAACAACACGCGGUGCGUGUGCUGUGCGGCUACGAUGCGGUCGUCGACGCACAUGGGCGUGAGCAGCAAGAAACGAGUGCGGCGACAGUGCCAACUCUGCGGGUACAACGUGUGUGAAGGAUGCUCGUCAGAGCAGGAGGCGCAGCGCUCUCAAGACAACGCUUUUGCCAUCGUGCGCGUUUGUGGCAACUGCAUGGAGCGCGUGGACGACGCCUUGUACGAAUCGAUCCCGGCGGACAACAGCGAUGCGUUGGAGCCGAAGAUCCAUCCGAACAGUCCAAGGUCGGAAGCAGCUACCAAAGUGCUUGCGCGGUUGCUGCGCGAUACGUUGGUGAACGCGUCGGAGCCUGAACUCCCAGCGGUGAAGAAUGUCAUCAUGCGGCUGGUC